UGAAAACAGCUUGACUUUAAAGGAAGAGAAGGCCAAUCUUUGUGCUCUGAUUAAGCGAUCCAUGUAAUCCAAUUACCUUUCACAGUGUGAAUCCACCUUGGGGGGAGGGGGUGGGGAGAAGAAAUCCCAAAGCUGUUCUGGAAGACAAUUACAAGCUAUUUCGGGCAUGUCCCAACAACUCCAAUGCUUCUGUCUGAAGACUCUGGACGGCAGCGGUACAGAGUGGAGUUGUCCAGUGAGUUUGUGUGGUGUCGACGAACAGCUGCUGGAAAAGCUUAAAAAAUUCCGCUUUCGCAAAGAAACCACGAAUGCCGCCCUGAUAAUGAAGAUUGAUCAGGAGCAACAGAUGGUGAUUCUGGAUGAAGAGUAUGAGGAUAUUUCCCCAGAAGAACUCAAGAAUGAGCUCCCUGAACAUCAACCCAGAUUUGUGGUCUACAGCUACAGAUAUAAGCAUACUGAUGGAAGGGUCUCCUAUCCAUUGUGCUUUAUAUUCUUUAGCCCUUGUGGUUGUAAGCCUGAACAGCAGAUGAUUUAUGCUGGUAGCAAAAUUGGAUUGGUGGAUGUGGCAGAAUUCACCAAGGUCUUUGAAAUUAGAAAUACAGAAGAUUUUAGUGAAGAAUGGCUGUGCAAAAAAUUGGGAUUUUUCCGUUAGAACGUGAUUGACUGACUCAUUUUGCUUUUUAUGAAUUAAUACCACAAGCUUGAAUUCUAACACUACUCCAGAAACUGGAAAAUUACAUUAAAGUUUGAAACUAUAUAUAUAAAAAAUAAUGGGUUUAUGCACUGUGAAAAUGUUGAAUGCAGUUUUCCAAGAAGAUUAACUCUUCAAACACUUCAUAGUUUUUGUUCCUGUCCUCUCUUCAUGUGAGCCAGAAAAUAAAGGUGGACCAGGGUCGUUUGGGAGAUUAGAACAGAGCAAUCCUUUAACCUCCAAGUGCAAUGCAAGUAAAGAACAUAGAAAACAUAUUUCUUCCCACUUGGUAAUGGUCAAAGUUAAUAGUUAGCUUCUAAUGUCCAAGUUGAUCCUUAAUGUUACUUUUUGCUUUGGUUAGGAACAAAUUAAUUGAUUAUCCCAGUUCAUUACAGGUAGGGGUGGUCCUCUGCAUCUGUCCUAUUGGUACACAUUUUCCUAUUGCUUUAAAAAUGAAGAGCGCUACCUUUUUGCCUUGGCAUGGUUUAGUGUAAAUCCUAUUAUUUUUGACUUCAAAAUUUUGUUUAGAUUUCUCACUUCUGUUUUUCAACAAAUUUCACAAGGAAAUUUCAUAUUGCCUUAUGCAAUUUUGGGUUUCUUUCACAAAGUUUAGUGAACAUUUGAGAGUUCAGUUUCUGUGCUAAUUUAAGUAAAUUGACCUAAUAGCUUCGGUUGAUCAAAUCUUACAUUUUUUUGUUGGCUUUAACUUGUAAAAAGGUAGAGUAAUUUUGUUUGAACAUAGUGUCUAUUCAGAACAAGUCUAAUUCUUGGAAUUAUUUCUGAAAAUAUGAAGCCUGUUCUUUUCCACUUUGACUAAAAUGCAUGCUACCAGGAGUAAAAAUAAAUAUUUGACUUAGGUUUUUUGUCUGCACUUGGCACCAAUGUAUUACUGUAAGCUAUAAUCUCACGCUCUCUGAAAGGAUUAACACUAUUUGAGAUUUUCAUCUUUUUGAAAUAUAUGGCAUUCUGCUCUUUGUGUAAGCUAUAACUAAUGUAUAAUUUAUAGUUAAACACAAAUCAUUACUCCCCAUCGAAAACAAAUUGAUUGAAAAACCCACGUCUGGCAGUGUCUUUGGAGAGAAAGCAGAAGUAAUGUUUCAAAUCCAGUGACCCUUCAGUUCUGAAGAAUGGCAACUGGACUUGAAACGUUAUCUGUGCUUUUUCUCUGAAGAUGCUGCCAGACUAGCUGAUUUUUCUGAUUUCUGUUUUUGGAGAUUUCCAGGAUCUCUCUUUCCCAUGUUAACUUCCAGAUUAUUUGCAAUCUAUUUACUUGAAUUAAUUAUAGUCAUAUGAACUAUUACUUUGUGGCUAAUUCCAAGUUUAAUUUCAAAUUAUUCUCUGUCCUAUAUCCAAAGGAGCUUUAGUCCUUUGUCUUUUUUCCACCCCAAAUCUCUACUUGAUUCCUUUUCUGGUCAUACAGGUCAGCUUUGAAACAAACCUUUCUUUUCCACUAUUUAAUGACCCUUUUCUUCUUUUGAUCUUCAAAUUAAUCCAUUAUUAUCAUCACUAGAAAUUCUUAGUAAGCUAACUUGCUAAAGUUGAAAUGGAAACUAAUAAUCAACAUGCUGUCUUAACUUGAAUAGGAUAGACACCACAAAUGGAUAUUUUUGUACAAGAAAAUCUAAAAUGCUCAUUGUUACAAAUGAUAACAGUAUAAAAUUAAUGCAUACAGUGCUUGAAGAGUUAAUUAGGCAUGCAGUAGGUAUUUGAGGUGUUGCAGUAAGUGAUUAUCACAAUGCCUAUAGCAUUCUUCCCAUGGAAGCUGCAAAUAUUGUUUCAUUUAUUAAAUGGUUAUACUAUUUGGAAACUCUUCAAAAUGUGUAUCAAAAUAUGUGCAAAGAGUAAUUUCUGUGCAAUAGCCUCUUAACAUUCUACUUUUGUAACGAGCAUUCCAAAAUUAUUGUGGUCGACUAAUGCGAGCUUGUUAUGAAUCGAUAGCUUCACCUUUGCAUUGCCCCAGUGUGCUUUGUGCUCAAGAAUUUUAAAACGUUUUCAAAUUUAAGUUUUGUAGAGGCUGCUUGUUGCUAAUUGCAUGCUACAUCCUCCACAUUUGAAGAUGGCUUGUAAUAUCUUGUACAAGAUGCGCCUGUUUUCUAGAACUGUGAUAUAAAAACUGUUGCACAAAAUAAAUAUCUGCAACAUUACAUUGCCAUUAGUGUCACAAUUACAGAUCAAGGUGUGCAUUUUUGUAUUUUAGCAUAAAUAGUUUUAAACCCUCACUCAGUGUCAUCGCAUCUAAACUUGACUAUUCAAACAUGCUAUUCCUCUCACCAGUGCCUUGUCUUGCAUAGGCUGUGGCAGUGAAACAGUGUGUUUACUUGAGCCUUGUCUCUUUUUGUCAUCUAAAUCCACUUUGUUUUGCAUACUUAAGUUUUUUUUCUUAAAUACAUCAAUACUAUUUGCUUUGACUGUUAACUGCAGAAAGACAUUAUUUCCAUGUUCUUACCAUUCCUUGGGUCAAGUUCCUUUUGUAUUCUUGACCUCCUUCGAAGCUUGUUGCCCUUUUCAUGAAGCUAAGUUCCAUUUGUCUCACUGUAUUGUUUUGCCAGAUCUACGUUGAUUUGCAGUCAGUCAACACCUCAAUUGUAAAGCUACUUGUUUUCAAAUCUAAUUGUGGAAUCUCUCAAGCCUGCUGUUACUAUUGACCCCUAUUCCAUCACCAUUAACUGGUGUUUGGCAAUCCAAGGUCUCUCUGGUGGCUGUUGGACCGUUAGCAACUGCCGCCUCCUCCUGUCUCCUCUGGAGGCUGGUAGCUCAGAAUGAGACCUCUUUAGCCUAGGGUUCUUGAUAAAGGGGAAAUCUUACCGCUGGCCUAUCAAAUGCCUGUCGAGUGUUCCCAAAAAAAGGUAAUGAGGUUUUCACUCAGUUCCAGCAGGCUGUUGAGAUCGCUGACAUCACCAGGAUUGUGCCCAAUGUCUCAUUUCUUAUUUAACACUUCCUCAAAUGUUUAAAGACAAUUUAUGAAGAAUAAUCAAGGGUUAUGUGACGCAGACAGAAAAGUGGACAUAGAACAUACAACAAUACAGCGCAGAACAGGCCCUUCAGCCUUUGCUGUUGCGCCGACCUAUGAACUAAUCUAAGCCCAUCCCCUGUACUAUCCCAUCAUCGUCCAUAUGCCUUCUCCAAGGACUGUUUAAAUGCCCCUAAUGUGGCUGAGUUAACUACAUUGGCAGGCAGGGCGUUCCACACCCUUACCAGUCUCUAAAUAAAGAACCUGCCGAGUUAAGACUACUGUCAGUUUAACUAUGAUUCAAUUGAAUGGUGGUGCAGUCUCAGAGGGCCAAAUGUCCCACUCCUGAUCCUAAGUCCUGUAACCAUAGCUGUUGUAUCAUUACAGAGGGUUUUUAUUUACUAAAUUAUGGGAUGACUGCUGGCUAGACCAGAAAUUGUUGCUAUGCCGCAAUGGCAUAAAAAUUAGGAUGAGCCCUUGACUUUUUAACUUGAGUUAAAUAUUGAAUUUGGAUGUUGCAUUGUAAUACAAAAUAUAACCCUGGGCUGUGUUGAAAUGCAUAUUUCUAGUAAGUUAUGGUUGCAGUAUGUAUGAAGGUUAAUUGUAUAUAUUCUAAAUCGUUGCCCCCUUUGCCCUUUCUCUGGAAUUCAGAAUAAAGAUUAAUUUUUAUCUCCUGA